AUGUCAUUGGAAUGGGGGGUAAGAACUCCAAAGGACGUGCAUGAGGAAGAUGAAACAUCAUCAUUGGAGAAGGAAAAGUGUACUGAUAGUGGGAUUAAUAAAAAAAUAAAUAAAGGGGCAUCAGUUUCGAGUAGUAUGGCGGCUGAUUGUGGUAGCAACAUGGGGACCACAUCUCUUCCCAACAAUAACAAUUACUCAAGAAAUAACAAUUUUGAGGAUAAUAAUAAUAAUAGUGGGGACCCAUGUGACCCCCCCCCCCCACCUGUGCUUCCCACUAAGCCCAACAUUGAGCCCAACUCAGGCACAAAAAAUAAGGAGGACAUUGACUUGAAUAACUCACCGAACUCCCUAUUACAAAGUGUCAAUAAUUCUAGAAGCAAUCUACAGGCCUCUCCACAACAGAAAUUAGGUAAGAAAAAGAAGAAAUACAAUUUUCCUUCAAUGAAGAUGAAGGAUACUCUUUGGCUGGGAAGAAACUCAGAAUCAUCCAAAAACAGAAGCAGGGGAACGACAAGCUGUGAAGAGGUGGGGAGUGCAGAUAUGGAAAAUACGAAUUGUCAGGCAAUUGCAGAAGAGGCGGACUUGACAAUAAAGGUCGGCGAGAAAUUGGGAUUUCGGGUUUCAGGCUGCGAAGAGAAGAUCAAGAAGCAAAUUAGAGGUGCACAGGUGACAAAUCCUCCAAAAUGA